AUGGUCAACUACAACGCUCCAGACCAGAUUGCGAGGCUCACAAACUAUCGCAAUGCUCAGUCUCUGGUCUUGUUGGGCAUCUUCUUCUGGGAGAUUCUCGUGACUAGCGCCUUUGACUGGUCAAUCAUCUCCGGCAAGCGCAAGUUUCGAUGGCCCAUGAUUGCCUAUUUCAUUUCCAGAGUCGCUGUUGGUCUGCACAUCAUGGCCCUCGUCGUUAACGGCCAGGGAACAGAGGUCAUUCCAUGCGACAGGCAGGUGUGGAUCCUCAAGAUUACAGAUGCCAUUGCCAUUUGGGCAUCCUCCAUCUUGCUCAUUCUCCGGACGCUCGCCGUCUGGGGCUCCGACAGGAGAGUGCUCGGCGUCCUCAUGCUCCUGUCGGCUGGCCUCAUCGUCGUCUACUGCCUCACCUGGCAACCUAGCGUGAACAAGUUCAAUGGCCGUGGAUGUGUCAUCCUCAAGAGUGUCUCGAACCGUAUCCUCCUCACCGAGUUUACCUAUACCAUGUACGUCGGUUUCUCACUCCAAAUGGAUCUCUUCAUUACGGUCCUCACCAUUGUGAAACUGUGGUCGUGGCGAGCUCAGGGCGGUAUCAGCCGUCUCCUGCUCGAGAACGGCAUGGCGUACUUUGUCUUCGCCACUGCGGGUAACCUCGUCCAGGCCGUCCUCCCCGCCCUCAACCUGAGCGGCCUCAUGAACGUCAUCUUCUUGCCCGUCGCCAUGAUGAUUUCCGUCAUUGCGUCCACUCGCGUGUAUAUUCGCCUCUUGACCCACGAUGACCACAAGCAUGGAGCAUACUCUGGCUACACUGGCAACUCGACAUCGUUCAAUGCACGCACUGGGCCAGCCACGACCGACCGUGGAGGUGCAAGCAUGCCUACUUUCCCCGCUGCCCCAGGCUUCGAUCAACCCUAUGGUCUCUCCGCAAUCAAGAACCAAAACCGCCACCGUAUUACCAUCCGCACGCAGACUCAGACAGAUGUCAUGGACGAUAAUGGUGCCAUGGACCUCGAGUAUGGCAAGAAGGAGUCGGAUCGCCAAACCGACCCUGAGCAAGACUUGUACCAGAUGCGAGGUCCCAAGGUCCUAUGA